AACAGCACGUAACGGGGCCUGCUCUAACUUUCGGACGGGCCGAGUGUAUCCCAAAUCGAAGCAGAGAACCCUAGCUUCCAAAGAUGACAGAUCCAGGUGUUGACCCAGUCUGCCAAUCGUGCCUUGUCCGGAUCGCGGCAAAAACGUACUAGUCACCUAGCGCGUUGGGGGAAGAAUGCCGGCCAGCGUUUCUACAAGUGCUGGAAUCACAAUCCAUCAGGCGGUGGAUGUGAUUUCUACAGGUGGGAGGAAGCUUACGCGGCGCAUCUUGCGACUCUUGGAGAAGCAGCAUAUCCAGUGGCGCAAAUCGUGCCAGGCGCCCAGGCCAGAUGCAGGGCGGGCAGGCGGCUGGAGCUCAAGUUGUGCAGCCGCCGCAUGUUCAUCCGGGGCAGCAGAACGGAGCGCCGGAGGCGUCGCAUGCUGCAUCCUUUGGCAGUGCAGUCGCAUGAUACAUGCCUGCGGUAGCUUCAGUUGCAGGUCGUCAGGGUGCCAUCAUCGCCGACGCUGCAUCCAUAAAUCUUGUGGUCUCCGUAGCAACUUUAGUGAUUGACGUGGCCAUUCUCAUGUUGGUGGUGGCGGAUGUUGUACUGCGUGUGCUUAAUUAGCUGUUGCGGUGAAGAUGACAGCCAGACUUGGUGGAAGUAGUGUUAAGUGCUAUGUAAAUUAAGCUCGUCAGUACGGUUUAGGUGUUCAAAGUGUGGAUGUCAGUAGCAAGUGACGCUGUACGCAAAGUGUGGUCAAAGUGUGGAUCUGGAGCCCGUGAGCCAGGUGCUGGCGCCGGCGGCAGUGAAAGGUUCGAAGCUUCGCCGGUGCAGGGCUACGUGCGUCGUCACGAAUGUAUUCGCUGAUGGUUGAGGAGGGUGACAAUCAAGGUUUGUCUGAUGGAGUGGACUAUGACAAGGAGAUCCAAGACAGGUCGCCCGAGGGGGAGCGGGCAGGUGAGUUAAAAGAAGACCAGCCGAUUAUUACAUCCCGGUUGUCAGUCAAGCGUGUGGUAGGGACUGUCGCAAAAUUUGAUGAAUACAAGAGGUGGCUUGUAACUGAAACUGGAUUUGGCAGAAUUCUGAAGCUGCCAAUGCUUGCCAAGCUCGAUCUGAGAAUGAGUGUUUGGGUCAUGAGGAAGGUAAAUGCUCGGUGUCGUGUAAUUGACAUCGAUGAUGACAAGAAGAUUGGAUUCACAGCAGAAGAUUUCCACAAGGUUAUUGGCAUCCCGUGCGGGAACCGAGACGUGUGUGGCAGGGAUGCACAAAUUGCUUCUUCGGCGAUCAAUUUCAUUAAGCAGACAAUCGGGAUGGAUAGUACAGUUGCUCAGAACCUGAAGGCGGUUGAAAGUUUUAUAAACAGAGAGUUUUCUGAGGAUUCGAGCAAGAAAAGGAUUGUUUUUAGAUCGCAUUCGUCAAUUUUGUCAUGGGCUACUUGGUAGCGCCAUGUAC